ACUAUUCUGUGGUAUAGUUGUAGUUUGAUUAGUUUGAUCUUUAAAAAUCUAACCUAGAAGUUUUGUUUGUUGACAUGAGAGGCAGUUAAAAUAAAAAUUAUUUGUAACCAUGUUUAAAAAUACAUUCCAAAGUGGUUUCCUAUCGAUAUUGUAUAGCAUUGGAAGCAAACCUCUCCAAAUCUGGGACAAGAAAUAUAAAAACGGCCAUAUAAAAAGAAUAACUGAUGAAGACAUCCAGUCCCUCGUCUUGGAACUCAUCGGCUGUAACGUAAGCACUACAUACAUAACGUGCCCAGCAGAUCCUAAAAAGACUCUUGGAAUCAAGUUGCCUUAUCUUGUGAUGAUAGUUAAGAAUUUGAAGAAAUACUUUACAUUUGAAGUCCAGAUAUUGGACGACAAAAACGUUCGUCGGAGAUUUCGUGCCAGCAAUUACCAGUCAACAACUAGGGUGAAACCCUUUAUUUGCACUAUGCCAAUGCGUUUAGACGAGGGAUGGAAUCAAAUACAGUUCAAUGUAGCCGAUUUCACAAGAAGGGCCUAUGGUACGAACUAUGUGGAGACAUUGCGCGUUCAAGUUCACGCAAACUGCAGAAUAAGAAGAGUGUACUUCUCAGAUAGACUGUAUUCUGAAGAUGAACUACCCGCUGAAUUCAAAUUGUUUUUGCCUAUACAGAAUAAGACAAGAACUGCCGUGGCAACACAGUAGAUUCCGAAGGGUCUAGGCUAAGUGUAAUCAUACACGUUUUUAAAACGCAAACUACCACGUUUUCACAAUGCAAAUUGUUUUGUUUUCCCAACACUGCAUCACUGUUGACUUUUGUUCUGAUGUAUUAUUGUGUGACUUUUUGAUUGUUUGGGAUGGAAAAUCAAAAGUAUCAUUUAUUGCCACCGCGAUUUCAUUAAUAAACACCGCAAACUCUCAAA